ACAAUAGUUUAACACAUGAUUUUGUCAAAAAACUAUUGAGCGAUGCAUUGACCACGUCUUAACUAAAAGUCUUAUUAACCCCUGCUGUUCUUCAACAGAUCUUUGAAAGAGAAUCUCUACCACAAACUGGAACCUGAUCCUCUUUUGGACAUUAUUUGCAUGCUGUUUCCACGAGGAGACUUACUUUAAGGGCAGAUUGGAUGCAUUUGUCACUGGAUAUGAUGAACAUGGUGGAUGAUGGCUGCCUCUCAACGGACAACUAUCAUGACCUGGGUAAAGGUGGCGCCCCGGGCAUGGGAGGCCGCGUUCACAGCAUCGAUGUGAUUCUGGGCUUCAGUAAGGACCAGGAUCCUCUGCUCAACCCGGUCGGGCCUGUUGACACACACAAAGUGGACGGAGCGGACCUGGGAGAACAGGAGAAGCAAGUGAACUCUGACCCCUACGGUCACCUGCAAAGUCUUCCGGACAGCUCACAGCAGUCAGCAUAUCACGAUACUGGGCUUUUCUCCACGGAGAAGUGUGACACAGAUUUGGGAGAUCCACGGAGCAAUGUGGAGAGUGACAGCCGUUCCCCGGAUGCUCCCGAUGAGGAUCAACCUAAAAAGAAACACAGACGCAACAGAACCACCUUCACGACCUAUCAGCUGCACGAGCUCGAGCGCGCCUUUGAGAAGUCCCACUACCCGGAUGUGUACAGUCGAGAAGAGCUGGCGAUGAAAGUCAACCUCCCAGAAGUUCGAGUUCAGGUGUGGUUCCAGAACCGGCGUGCAAAAUGGCGGCGACAAGAAAAAAUAGACACGGGCAGCAUGAAGCUCCACGACUCUCCCAUGCUGUCCUUCAACCGACCGACUAUGGCGCCCAACGUGGGGCCCAUGACUAAUUCUCUACCCCUGGACCCCUGGUUGUCCUCCCCGCUCUCCAGUGCCACUCCUAUGCACAGCAUCCCGGGCUUCAUGGGACCAAGCCAAAGCCUCCAGCCUGCCUAUACGGGUCACCCUGGCUUUCUGAACUCUUCUCCAGGCAUGGUACAGGGAAUGCAACCAAUGCCACCUCCUCCUUACCAGUGUCCCCCAGCAUUUAAUGAUAAAUACCCAUUGGAAGACGUAGACCGCAGCUCUAGCAUUGCAGCUUUGAGGAUGAAGGCCAAGGAGCACAUUCAGUCCAUGGACAAAACCUGGCAACCCAUGUAACGGGAAAAUGUUACAAUAUUUCAUUGGGAUCUCAUUGGAUGCAUUUUUAAAAAUGACCUGCAUCCAUUAGGAAUAGGGUUCCUCCAAAUGCCAUUGAAGCAACCUGGAAACAUGAAGAUCUCUUGUACUCGUUUCAUAUCAUCUUUGAAUUGUCUGGAAAAUAAAACUAAACAAUUUUAAGGACCUCAUCAUUUGAGGAUAUCUUCAUAACAUACGAUACCCGGAGUUACGUCGAUGGUCAAACCUGCUUGGCAUGUUGGAUUUGAAAUUUUUGCAACAUAUCACAGGACAGUUUGGGAUUGUAGAAUCUACAGUAAGGCGUUUCUUAAUUCUUACCAGCAGAUGUUGAUCUCCUUA